AUGAGCGAAUUUGCGCCGCCCUCUGGGCCACCUCCUCCAAAAGUUCCAGAAGGAUAUAAAGCAAUUUGGAACGCUGAAUACAAAGAAUGGUUCUACGUCAACAUCUACACGAAAAAGUCGCAAUGGGAUAAGCCUACCGAACCAGCUUAUGCCCACGACGAGAGCGCUCCCUUAGGCCCCCCACCAGGAUAUCAAGGUGGAGGUGCAGGUGCGGGCGUAAUGGGCGACACCAAAGGCAAUCCCUACGACACUCACAAUACACAAUCAUCAACUGAAUCCGACGCCGCAUUGGCAGCGCGCUUACAAGCCGAAGAAGAUGCUCGCGCCGGCAGCUCAAGUCGCGGCAACGCCUCAAAUGAUUAUUACAAUCUAUCGUCAUCGCCUGGUCUCGGACAAGGAUACAACAGUCAACAAUCUCAACAACCAAGUUACGGACAACCGGGAUACAAUAGUCAAACUCAAUAUGGAGGACAGCCGCAGCAGAAUUACCAAGAUCAAUCGCUCCCUGAACGAGACCAGAAGAAAUCAGGCGGUUUUCUGGGGAAGUUGUUGAGUAAAGCAAGUGGUGCGAAGACGGGCGGCGGGUUCGGGUCGCAUGGUGGUGGAUAUCCUCAGCAGCAACAGUAUGGAUCUCAUGGAGGAUAUCCUAAUCAAGGGUAUCCUCAACAAUACCCGCAGCAGCAGUUUGGUGGAGGUGGUGGGUUUGGUAGACCUGGGUACGGUGGUGGUGGGUAUGGUGGUGGAUAUGGCGCGCCAAAGAAGAGUGGUAUGGGCGCUGGUGGUGCGGCUGCACUAGGUGUUGGUGGUGGUUUGGUAGGUGGUAUGUUGUUGGCUGAUGCGAUGGAUGAUCAUGAUGAUCAUGAGUAUCAGGAGGGAUACCAAGAUGGUGCCCAAAAUGAUGAUUAUGGAGGUGGAGGCGACGAUUUCGGUGGAGGUGAUGAUGGCGGUGGUGAUUAA